UUGACAAAUGACAAAGCGGCAGACGCGGCAAAAACACUUUCGCCCAAGGCCAAGAGGGGGAAACUCGGGAAGCGCGAGCAGCAGAAGGGCUCGGAUCCCCAGUCCAGAGUCCAUUCACAUCGUGGCGCUGGGGAACGAGGGCGACGCGUUCCACCAGGACCAGCGGCCGUCGGGGCUCAUCCGCACCUACCUGGGGAGAAGCCCUCUGGUCUCCGGGGACGAGAGCAGCUUGUUGCUGAACGCGGCGGGCACGGUGGCGCGGCCGGUGUUCACCGAGUACCAGGCCAGCGCGUUCGGGAACGUCAAGCUCCUGGUCCACGACUGUCCCGUCUGGGACAUUUUUGACAGUGAUUGGUACACGUCCCGAAACCUAAUUGGGAGUGCUGACAUCAUUGUGAUCAAAUACAAUGUAAACGACAAGUUUUCAUUCCAUGAAGUAAAAGAUAAUUAUAUUCCAGUGAUAAAAAGGGCAUUAAAUUCAGUUCCAGUCAUCAUUGCUGCAGUUGGUACCAGACAAAAUGAAGAAUUACCUUGUACCUGCCCUCUGUGUACAUCUGACCGGGGGAGCUGUGUCAGUACAACGGAAGGAAUCCAGCUGGCUAAAGAAUUAGGGGCGACCUAUCUCGAACUACACAGCCUGGAUGACUUCUAUAUAGGAAAAUACUUCGGUGGUGUGUUGGAAUACUUUAUGAUUCAAGCCUUAAAUCAGAAGACAAGUGAGAAAAUGAAGAAAAGGAAAAUGAGCACCUCGUUUCAUGGAAUUAGACCACCCCAGCUUGAACAACCAGAAAAGAUGCCUGUGUUAAAGGCUGAAGCCUCGCAUUAUAACUCUGACCUAAAUAACUUGCUGUUCUGCUGCCAGUGCGUGGACGUGGUGUUCUACCACCCAGACUUGCAGGAAGUCGCAGAGGCCCACAAGAUCGUGCUCUGCGCCGUAAGCCAUGUUUUCAUGCUGCUUUUCAAUGUGAAGAGUCCCACUGACAUUCAGGACCCCAGCAUCAUCCGGACCAGCCAGGACCUCUUUGCAGUAAACCGGGAUCCGGCUGCCUCGCCAGGCGCCUGCCGGGCCUCCCCCGGCAACCCGCCGCUGCGCGUGGUCGUCAAGGACGCAGUCUUCUGCUCUUGCCUGUCCGCCAUCCUGCACUUCAUUUAUUCAGGUGCUUUUCAGUGGGAAGAAUUGGAAGACAAUAUCAGGAAGAAGCUGCAAGAUUCUGGAGAUGUUUCUAAUGUCAUUGAGAAAGUUAAAUGUAUUUUAAAGACACCAGGAAAGAUCAAUUGCCUAAGGAAUUGCAAAACUUACCAAGCCAGAAAACCUCUGUGGUUUUAUAACACUUCCCUCAAGUUUUUCCUAAAUAAACCGAUGCUUGCUGAUGUUGUCUUCGAAAUACAAGGUACGACAGUGCCAGCCCACAGGGCCAUCCUGGUGGCCCGCUGUGAAGUGAUGGCAGCCAUGUUUAAUGGUAAUUACAUGGAAGCCAAGAGUGUCCUGAUUCCCGUGUAUGGCGUUUCCAAAGAGACUUUCUUGUCCUUUUUAGAAUACCUAUACACAGACUCCUGUUGCCCAGCCGGCAUCUUCCAGGCCAUGUGCCUGCUGAUCUGCGCCGAGAUGUACCAGGUGUCCAGGCUGCAGCACAUCUGCGAGCUGUUCAUCGUCACGCAGCUGCAGAGCAUGCCCAGCCGGGAGCUGGCCUCCAUGAACCUGGACAUCGUGGACCUGCUCAAGAAGGCCAAGUUUCACCACUCUGACUGCCUUUCAACCUGGCUCCUUCAUUUCAUUGCUACCAACUACCUCAUCUUCAGUCAAAAGCCUGAAUUUCAGGAUCUUUCAGUGGAAGAACGCAGUUUUGUUGAGAAACACAGAUGGCCAUCAAAUUUGUACUUGAAGCAGCUUGCAGAAUACAGGAAGUAUAUUCACUCCCGAAAAUGUCGUUGCUUAGUAAUGUAACCUGAAGCUUUUGUAUACAUUCUGUUUUCAUUAUUAUGAAGAAUGGGAUAUCACUGGAUUCCAGUGAAAUUCUUAUGACUGAUGCCAGUAUGGGUGUUUUAAAAAAUUCAGCCUAAUGUGUUUAUUAGUUCUCUUUGAAAAACCUACAAUUGUAUUCUUAAAAGGGAACAAAAUAUAACACAGACUAAAACUAAGGGUUCACUCUAGAAUAUAAAACUGUUGUACAGCUGUGUUUUCCCUUAAAGAUGCUCUCUUGCUUUGGUGACCACCUCCCUGUUAAGAAAUGCUUAAAUUUUUAAAAAAUUCAAUUAGAAUUAACAUAGAAAUUCAUCAUAUCUGAGUAGUAUUAAAAUAAGGGUCAUUGAAGGACCCCAUGUAACUGUUUCUUCAGUGAGAAAGAGACUAACCAGUCCAACAUGAAAUUUUUGAAAUAAAAAUUUGAGAUUUUUGAAAAGGUCAUGAUACUUGGUUCCAAAGUAGUGUCAGUGUUUGAAUCAACAUCAUGAACAAAACUCUCUUUCAUCCAGAAACCCCAGUUAUAUGUCCUUGUCUUCCCCCUGGCUUCUGACAGGGCAGGAAACCUACCCAGUGCUGGCUCUACACUUGAAGGGCUUCAUGCUUGCUUCAGUGCUUGGCUGUGGCUGUCCUGAAAUUCUUCAUAAUGUUUGAAGAAGGGCCCGGUGUUUUCCCUGUGCAUUGGGCCCUGAAAAUUAUGUGUAUUUCCUAGCAGGAAAAAUACCAUGUUUUUCUGUUCAAACAUCAUUCUCUGUAAAAGUAGAAGAGAGGCCCUGGUAUCUAGGCAUCCGGGGCAGGUUGUCUUGGAGGGAGAAAGCACACUGGGGCUCCUGCUCUUGGGGUGUCUGUACCAUGCAGGGCCUCUGCUGCCACCCCCUUGGCAUGUGAGAAUCGCCUUGUGUUGGCUUAGUUUUAAAACCCAGUCCUGGCUCAGUUGCUAAUGAACAAAUACUUCCUUGAUCAUUCUAUAAGGCCAGGAUAUUGGGAAGAGUAACUGACUGACUGGCUUGAUUUUAAUACACGCUUUUAUAAAGAUGCACACAGAAAAAGAUGCUGUCUGAGGAAUUUGCUAUGAAGGCUCAAUAUUACUUUUUAAAGUGUAUUUGCUAAGAUUGGCAGUCAGUGUUAAUGGCUUAGGUUGUUUGAAUUCUUUCCAGGACUGCAAGGCUAUUUGAUGAAGAAUGGCUUGAGUCUUGUCCUUUAAGGAUACCUAGUAAGUUAAAAAAAAAAAAAGG